AAAAAAAAAAAAAAAAAAGUGAUAAUAAAAGAAGCAUUUCACAUUUUUAUUUUUGAGGCAAAAAAAAGAAAAAAGAAAAAUGGGGGGCCCUACUGACAUAAACACUGUAGAAAACAGGUCUAUUCGAAGAAACCGAAUGGAGUGUUGGUAGAUGUCGAUGCCCUUUGUUUUUGAAACGUAUCACGAUUUCAGUGACUAUAACAAGGUAGUAAACAGAUCAAAGAGAAAAAGGGGGAUCCCUCCUUCAUUACCCACUUGCUGGAUAGUGUCCUCAGAUGGAAGGGUUUUCUUUUUCCCACUUACAAUGGUGGGUUGGCUUUCGUAGGCACAACCCCCAUGCUGCCUUGUUGUAUAAAUCCGAAAACACGAGGACCGCAAGAAAAAAAACGCUCACUUACACAUUAUUCAUCACCCUCUCAUGUCCAGUGCUUAUGGAAAAAUCCCUAAACCGACCUUGAUGACUGAUCUAAACACCGUUCUGCCCAUCUCAAACACCUUACGCAAUGGUACCAAGACCAUGAUUCAAAAGGUCGAUGCCGAGAAUAAAUCACUUUGUGCUUAUCUUCACGCGCGAUUUAACGCUGAACUUGAAGCAGGAUCUACGUAUCCACAAGAAGAAUUAUUGAACGAUCAGCAAUUCAGAGACUAUUUUCUUGCCUAUGAUGCCUUUGUCAUGGCAAAAGAUGGCUUGAUUGAACCCAAUACAAACUAUGACUGGGAUGAUAAGGUGGUGGGCAUGUUUUACAUUAAACCAAACUACCCCGGAAGGUGUUCUCAUAUUUGUAAUGGUGGAUUUUUCGUCAUGGAUCAUUAUCGUGGGCUGGGAGCUGGUGUUGUCAUGGGAGAAGCCUUUAAAGUGUUGGCUCCUGCCAUAGGUUACAAGGCGUCCUUGUUUAAUUUAGUUUUUGAAAACAACCCUGCCUCCAUUGCUAUCUGGGAGAAAUUAGGCUUUCAAAUGGUCGGUCGUAUUCCUAAAGCAGGAAGAUUAAAAAAUAGUCCUGAUAGGCUUGUAGAUGCCUUGAUGUAUUACUACGACUUUGAAACACCAGCAGAGAAACAGUAAUACAGCUGUCAUAGAUCGAUAAACCCCUCCUUUCUUUCUAUACACAUGAUUUAAAAAACUCACAUUGCUGAUUUUUUCUUAUGAUAUGAAAUCCAUCUGGUUUUUUUUUUUCUUUCUUUUUUUAUAAAAAAAAAAAAA